GUGCGCAUAUAGUGACAAAUGAACAAGACUUGCGAUGAUAAGAAAGUUAUAAUUUCAAAAAUUUGAAUUUUCUAAUUCCAAAUCGAAUCGAAGAUUCGACUCGAUUUAAUCGAUACAUGUUACAAAGGCUAAAGGCAUUCCUUUCAACAAUGUUGGCAGCAGCUACCGAAAUGUAAUGUACCGUCAUGGCGACGUUACCACCGCGGAAAAAUCCAACUCCAACGAAAAUUUUAAAACAGCAUUUAACCCCGUUGCAAACACUUUUACAGUUGGGUUUUCCGAAACAUCGAGCAGAAAAAGCACUAGCUGCUACAGGACAUCGAGGUAUUCAACUUGCAUCCGAUUGGCUAGUAGCUCAUGUUAGAGAUCCAACUUUGGAUUCUGAUACCCAUAGACAAUAUGUUUUAUAUGCUUGUCCCACUGGUGAAUUAGCUGAGGAGCUUAUGAAAUUUUGGUCAGAGAGUAAAGAACUCAUAUGGAAUGGAGCACAUAAUUAUAUGCCACAUAUUACACUUGUCUCGUUCUUUAAUGCACCAGAUGAAUCUACAGAAGAAUUAGUAAAUGCCCUUGAAAAUAUAGUUAACCAAGAUGAACUAUCAGACAAUAUUGAGCUAGAAACUUACAUUUCUCCCAAUUUUAUGGGUCUUUUUGUUAAAGAAGUAAAUGCUGAAUGGCUGAAAAACAUUUCUGUUCGUUAUGUAAAUAAACUAACUAGUUUGGGUAUUUCUGCAGAACCUCAAAUAAAAUCAUUGCAUUUAACAUUAGCAUAUCAAUUUCCCAGCAAUUUAUACCAACAGCUUCGUUUAAUGGUAGAAAAAUUGAAGCUUACUUCUUCAGCUAAUUGGGAACUUAGAUUAUAUUCCAGAGAUUCUAGACUCCAAAAUGCACAUGUACAUAAAGUUACACAUGCUCACAUGCCUAGAGAGCAUGACGAAUUGGAAUUAAGGGUGGGAGAUUACAUUUAUAUUCCAGAAGGAGCAUGUAGUGUAUCCACAGAUGGUUGGGUCGAAGGUAUCUCUUGGUUAACUGGUAUUUCAGGCCAUCUACCUUUAAAUCACACAAAACGUACAGCUGAAUCAGAUUCGUGGACUUUACAUACUACUAUACAAAUUACUGAUAAUAGAAAUGACAUUUCGGAAAAGGAAGAAAUACCUGUUACUCGAAAACCACCAGUAUUAUCAUCAGGUGAUUCUGUAGAUAGUCCUGAUGGAAUUGCAACAACCAAUGAACCGAUUGAGGCUUCUGAGGCACCUUCAAGUUCCUCAAGACAAAUUUUUAUAUGUCGCCAUGGAGAAAGAGUAGAUUUUACAUUUGGGGCAUGGAUUCGUUAUUGCUUCGAAUCAAACGGCUCAUAUGUUCGCAGAGAUUUGAACAUGCCAAAGGAAAUACCGUCAAGAAAUAUACAAGACUUUCGAAAUGAUAGUCCCUUAACUACUGUAGGUGAAGUACAAGCAAGCUUGGUAGGAGAAGCUAUGAAAUCAUCCAGUAUUAAAAUAGAUGUGGCUUUUACAUCGCCCUCAUUAAGAUGUAUACAAACGUUAGCUCACAUUUUAAAAGGAUUAGACUCAAACAUUCCAAUGAAAAUAGAGCCCGGUCUUAUUGAGUGGUUAGCAUGGUAUCCAAAUGGUGUUCCAGUUUGGAUGACAUCCGAAGAAUUAAUAAAAGCAGGCUUUAAUAUAGACAAAAGCUAUGAUCCAGUGAUUAAAACAAAAGAGCUUCCAUUAAAAGAAAACGCAGCCCAGUAUUAUGAGAGAAGUUACGAAUUAAUCAAACGAAUUAUUGAAAGUACUGUAGGAAAUAUUUUAAUUGUAGCUCAUGCUGCUUCUUUAGCAGCUUGUACAAGGCAAUUAACAGGUGGUAGAAUACCACCAGCUUCGGAAGUUACUAAAUUAGCUCAAAGAGUACCAUAUUUAGCAUGUCUAACGGCACGUGAAGGGCUGGAUGGUUGGCAACUUUAUCCACCACCAUUCCCCCCUAUAACACAUACAAGUAAUACUAGAUUCGAUUGGAAAGUAUUAUUGUAAGGAAUGAAUGAGGUUUUCAGUAACGUUUUCCUCUUUUUGUCUUUUGACAUAUAUAAAUAGCUUAAUUAUAAAAGACUGUUCAGUAAACUUUCUGCAACGUUUUAGUUUAUACGAGGUAUAUUAAAAAGAGAAAAUAAGUAUUAAGAAAAUUAUUUUCUUACUUGGAUUACUUAUGAAGUAGUUAUGCCAGAUUAUUACUCAAUUUUUUUAAAGGAUUAACUUUUGUAGGGUAAUAAAUACGGGUAUUGGCAUUUAGUUUUAUCUACUCUACGAAGAAUUUACAGUGUGUAAUCUUUAAAAAAGAUUAACGAAUGUACGAAUUACAUAUUUUAAUAUGAUUUUUAAAGAGAUAUAUUCUUAUAUAAUUUUCGUAUUUAAGUCUAGAAAGAUUUUUGGUAAGUUACAUAGUAUUCUCGAUGAAGAAAAUGCAAAGAAAAAAAGAGAAAUACAAUAAAUAUUGAAAAUUGCAAUUCAUAAUCAAAAUGAAUGUAUGUAAAUGGAAAUUUACAGAAACCAGUAAAUGAUAAAAAACAAACCUCUACACAUGUACAAGUACGCGACACAAUAGCUAAUGUCAAUAAUGUGUGAAAACGUAGAAGUACAAAUUUGAUGUAGAAAAAUAAUGUUGUUAUUUACCAAAGAGAUAUAUAAAUAUAUAAGAUGUUAUUUUA